AUUGAAUUACAAAAGUAGAAAAAUCACUGUCAAGAUAGUAAGUCAAAUAAACUUCAGGUUUGAUUAAGACGAUUUUGUUUCUAAACCAUUAUGUUUCUGCCUUCAUGGCAGAUAAAUAAUCCAGGUAUUUUUUUUUUCAGAGGGUGACUCUGAAAUAUUGAUAAGAAGUGAAUGUAACCGGGAAAUCACAAAGCACCAAGCUUAUUAGCAGUACAAUUAACAGUAAUAAUCGUUAAGAUCAACUCCAAAGCAUAAAUUAGCACUAUGAUGUCUAGGCGGUCUAACCUGUCCACUUGAAACAUUCCUACCGUCUUCAACGCAGUAUCGUUCACCAUUAUCAAAUGUACGCAUUGAAUUUGUUCAAAUUUUAUUGAUUGGCUUAUAAGCUAAUACAAUUUAUCGGGUUGUUGUCAAACAUACGCACAACUUUAUAUGCUGUAUGCCCGAGAGACACUUCAACAUCCGGAUUUAUGCGGUCAGGCCGACCUCGUCCAACCAAUCCGGCAUAUUUGCCGUGCCUACGGUAAUACGGCUCUUGGAGCGACUGCUGACUGGUAGAAGCACAGCACACGUGAUGAUGCCAGACCGCAAUGAGUACCAACCUACCUACCUACCUACCUAGGUAUGUACAUACAUGACUGCUCUUGCAACAGGACGAAGCAAUGUGCAUGGCCCCACCAAUAGCAUUGCCUGCUCGAUAAAUGCACGAAAAUCUGUGUGACCUGCCUUUGUUUGCUCAGCUGUUGUGAAAAUGUAUUCUGCUGCAAUGUGUUAUCGAUUUUUGGUCUAAUUUAAUCAAGCAACACGCUUGGUGAAAAUCAACUGCCUGUAGUAAAGGCAAUUACAACUCGAUGAGUAUUUCCAGAUAGAUUUCAUCAGCCGAUAACGUCAGCUCGGUAACAAUACUUGCAAAUGAUUAAUUUAAUGGGUGAUAUCGUUGGAUGGUUAUCAGAUUUCUGAUGCCGGGGAGAAUCUAAUGGGUUCUUGAGGUAUGAGUUGGAUACCACAUAGGUUGCCUGAAGAUUUUGUAAGGUGGUAUAGAUACAGAGAGAUUCCAAUAUUAAAAUGUGUAUUAGGUUUAUUGAUUUAAUCAAGUCCCUGUUCACGUCUAUACCGAGAAGACUUGUGAUAAACAACAUUAUCAUGAGGUGGGACACGAUCAGAUCCAAUACAAAUAUCUGUCUCGAUCUGUUCCUGGAGAUAGUAGAUUUCUGUAUGAGCUCUAGCUACUGCAAGUUCAAUGGACAACACUAUCUCCAAGUGUCUGGCACAGCCAUGGGAAAUCCUGUUUCACCAGCCCUUGCAGAUCUUGUCAUGGAAAGCCUGUUAGAUACCGUUCUUCAAAAGCUAGACUUUCCACUCCCAUUCAUCAGAAAAUACGUGGACGAUCUGAUAAUGGCGAUACCACUAAACAAACUACAACACAUAAUGGACAUAUUCAACAGCUAUGACAUCCACAUCCAGUUCACAUACGAACUGGAAGUGGAGAACUGUCUACCCUUCUUAGAUAUGCUCCUAACAAGGCAUGACAACCAGAAGGUCACAACACGGUGGUACCAAAAACCGAUAGCUAGCGGAAGGUUUCUAAAUUUCCACUCUUUCCACCCCAUGAAUCAAAAGCUGAAUACAGCCAAAAACUUUAUAAAAAGGGUCAACAAGCUAUCAACAGACCUAGAUGAGCAUGAUAAAAUUAAAAUAAUAGAUGACCAACUAAAACAAAACGGCUUUCCGAAAUCGCUACGCAACAGGCUCACGAACAGAAUGAAUGAGCAUAGCAUGAAUGAGCAGCACCGAUCGUCGCCAAGCUCUGAUGAAUCGGACCUGGAAUAUACCUACCGCUCCAUCGCAUACAUGCCUCGCCUGUUAGAAUCCAUCGACAGGGAAAUCAAACGCAGCUACAAAAACAUACGACUCGCCACCUACAAUUGGAGAACAGUGGGCGAUUUGUUUACGAAGCUGAAGGAUCCGAUAUCUGGGGAGAACCAAACAGAUGUCAUCUACAACAUCCCAUGUAGCAACUGUUCUGCAUGCUACAUCGGAAUGACCAUCAAUAGAUUAAAAACACGUAUGAGUGGCCACAAAACGCACUACAAUACACUGGAUCGGCUACUGGACAACGGCGUCAAUCCCAAUGAUCCACAAAUUGCUUCCCUGAAGGAAAAAAACAGCUCUUCUGGACCACAGCAUCACUAAAAAUCAUCGUUUCGACCUGGAAAAAACAAAAAUAUUAGACAGAACCAACAAAACACACACAUUACCAUUUUUAGAAAUGUGUCAUAUCACUAGUAACACGAAUUGUAUUAAUCACAGAACAGACACAGCGAACCUUAGCUCAGUAUAUGCAGGCAUAUUCCAUGUAUUAAACAGAAUGCAAAACAAAAACACAAACAUUGUAAACAUACACAAUAACACAUCAAAUACGGAUAACACCACCACAUGAAGAAAACGCAAUAGCAAUAAUUCCCCCCCCACACACAAUCACACUCUUACCAGUAUAAGUUCCCGAUCCAAGAUCGAGGGUGUCGAUAAAACACAGGUAGCGCGAUUAGCUUCAAAAGCAACUAAAACGAGCUUUGAAAAAAGUGCUGCUAUAAAAGCACCAGCAAACUACAGUGCCGCUCAAGCUAUUUGACACCUAUGCAGUAAGAUUUUUUGCACAAUACUUUAUAAUUCAUAAAUGUUAAUCCCUUGUUCUUACCCUCAUAGCCAUAGCAAAAGUGGCCGCCAUGAUAUUUACAGGACAAACAAAUGUAGAGCUUCACACAACUUAACAAAAAAGCUAACUCCUAUUCCCUGAAGAAGGUUAAAUAAAUAUAACCGAAACGUCGGAUGUAGGAGCAAAACAGCCUUUUGCUACCCACUCAGACUGCCAGAGCCGAGAAAUCCCUAUAAUCUUUAAUCACUUGUUUAAUCAAGUAAUUUUUCAACAAUAAUUUUGAUAAAAGUCUUACCAUUGCGUUGCGUUGCGUUGCGUUGUAACGGAGUUAUUCGUAGAUUGCAUACUGAAAGUUGUCAUGUUAAAACUUUAAUACUCCUAUUCUAAUUGCUUAUGGAUUGCUGCUUGGGAAUGAACAGCUAUCCAAUCAGAGGUUGAAGUAUAAAAGACAUGAGAACUUCCAUUGCCGGCCACGCCCAUCUUCUCCGUUACGAGGAUAGGAAAGGAUGUGAUGAUAUGACACCUACUUUACAAGAGGUCGGCGACUCACCGACUCCUCCAUAGGUAUCAAGGAGUUGGAUAUUUGGAAAAGGUUGAUUGGGGAUUCACUAUAAGCGAGUGAUGCGGCAAGAUUUAAAUUGUGUAAGUGUAUUUGAGUUGAUCAUGUAGAUGUGUUGAUGUGAGUGUAAGUGAUUUUUUAACACCAUCGUUGGGAGUGACAUAGCUAAGAAAUUUGUCACUCCAUGGGCCUUUUUGCUUCCGGGAUGGGGCACAGGCAUUUGGACCAUGUGUCCUGGGUAACAAGUCGAGGCUUAAGCGCCAUUGAUCGCUCUCUGAAACGAUAAGAAACACGUUAUGUGGAUGGGAAGGGAUUAUGGGGAAAGGAUGAUAUCUAUUUAUCGAGAUGCCUGCGACUCACCGACGCUCUCGUAAAUAGAAAGGAAAUAGGAUUUUGAAACUGGAAUUUAGUAUGAUUAAGUAAUGCUGGAAUUUGGAUGAGAUGUAAAGGGCGAAAAACACGACAAAUACUUCAAUAAAAUAAUUUAUCUUUAUCGCUGAAACAGAAAGUAAUAGAAAUAUUUUUUUCAAAACUUAAAUAAAUAAUGCCCUUUUUAUGACGUAAAUGUUCAUUUGUGAUAAAAUGCCAUUCAAAUCCCUACUUCCGAUAUUUGCUCUACAGCACCAUUGAGUUUCUUCGAACUCGAAACAAACAGAAUCAGAUGAAUAUGAUGCCAUAGUUUUAAAAACAAGAUUGUUAACUAAUUUGGCAAACUUUAUUGUUCACUACUUGCUUCAAUAGCAGAACUAUUGAUAAGCAAUCAAUUAUAUUUAUACUCAACUUGAUUAAAAAAAACCCAUAUUAAUCCACCUAGUGGUGAUAGUGCCUUUCUCGUCGAAUAAGUAAUCAGUAUUUUUCCGUCGACGUUAGCCAAAGUGUUCCUGAAUCCUGAGGAUACUCUAGAACAGAGCAAAUCCCUUUCUCUUUCUUUUGUCACAGUGCUCGUUGACUCGCCAAUGGGGAGAUGAUAAAUAAUACAUGUAUUUGAUGAAAAAAUACCCAAUCAAUUAAGCAAAAUCUAGUUAAGCGAUUUGUUGAGAAAUUUUAUGGAGGACUCUUUUUCACCUUAAAAUUUAAAAAUUUCUUGAUUCAUUUCUUUGUGCCCAUCCUCAAAAUGUUGAAUUCCGACUAAAAUUUUCCAAGAGGGGGAGGGGUUAGUAUAGGAGAAAAUCGAAAUUUGUGUCAGCCGUAUUCAGAAAAGCAAGAGUUUCAUCAAAGCCAUAAUCAAAUUUGGAAACUUAUUAUACUCUCAGUUGACUGCUUGAUCGCCUUCACUAGCACUGGAUGCCGAUCAUUAUCAAGACAAUUCGAUAUUUUUUUUCUGUACACUUCAGUAUUUUAUUAUCGUUGAAUAUAAGAUUCUUAUAAAAUUUGUCGAAAAAAAGGCAAACACGUGAAUGAAACCCAUUCCAUUUAACCAACCAGUUGCAUCAAAAUUGGGGGCAGCAAUUUUAAACGCAAAAGAGGAUUGAUGCGAUAAAAUUAAAAUUUUCACUUUCAUAAUUUCAGCGAAGCAAUCAGGAUUGCCGAUAAUCUUAGGUGUGGUCAGAGACUAUUUUCUUGCUGACCGUUUAUCUCCGGGACACCUGGAGCCGGUUCCGAAACACAACCGGUGUUACACAAAGAUGCGUAGCCUUAAAUUUGAACCCAACAUUAUUGAAAAUAUGAACACCCCUUUAAACCAUAUCAGUGACAUUAUUGUGCAGUAGUUCAGUAAAGACAUUUAGUAGCUAGCGAGAAGGUACCUUCAGUAAAUGAGCAAAUCGUGCUCCCUAAUUUUAUCAACGAAUUUGUAAGUUAAUUAUUGUAUAUUUGUACAGGCAUUCUUCGAUAUAACGUACCCUCGAUAUAGCGUACCCACGAUAUAGCGAAUUCGAUAUAACGUACAUUUUGCUUCGAUAUAAAGUACACCAUUGAAAAUUUUUAUUUUUCUCAAUAAUAACCCUCAGAUAAACUACGAAAUCACUCAAUUCAAUGCAGUGUUGCAGCAUUAGCCUUGUUACCCAAAAUUAGUGCAAUUUGGGGAAAAAUUUAAGUGUACGUUAUAUCGAAGCAAAAUGUACGUUAUAUCGAAGCACAAAAAACGAAAAUUGUUUUUCGUGAAAACUCAUGUUUUUCAUUAUUCGUUUUGUGAAUUUGACCGAAAUCAUUAUUUUGGGUUUAUAUCUCGUCGAAUACAUCAAUACUCGCACAAAAAAUAUUAAAUUUUUCUCUGCUUCGAUAUAACGUACACUUCGAUAUAACGUACAAAGAGAAAACUUUUUUGUACGUUAUAUCGAAGAGUACCUGUACUUAUAAUUUAAUAAAUAUGAGUUUGCAGCUAUGUAGCUGAUCAUGAUAAAUACCUGUCUAUUUUCUGCUGAAAGAGUCGGUGGUAUCGAGCACCUCCCGCAAAAACCGGU